AUGGAUCCACCUAAUCCUCCUUCUUCUCGAGCUGCUACGAAUACCAAGAGUAGUAGCAGUAACACCAUCGCGUGCAAAUUCUUCCUCGCCGGCGCGUGCGCGAAACCCGAGUGCAAGUUCUCGCACGAUGCGAACGACGACCAACGACCAACGACCUCGAGGUGUCCGUUUUAUAAGAAAGGGAAGCAGAACAGUUGCACGUACGGGGAUAAGUGUCGGUACGAUCACUGCAACGACGACAACAACAACGCGCUGGGGACGAUUCAGACGACGACGGCGACGGCGCGACGGGAAAACAGCAGCGGUGGUGGUGGUAAUCUCGCGACGACGACGAGGUUGAUGAACACGAAAGCGCCGAGUUUUGUCCCAACCUUUGGGACCGGUGGCGCGGCGUUUUUGAGCCAGCAGAUGCAAAGGACGAAUCUCUCGGGGGGGUCGCAGUCAACGUCGUCCUUUACGGCGGCGUCUUCUUUAGUCGUCGCGGGCGGUGGUGGUGGAGCGAGCGGCGCGUGGCAAAACAGUCCGGGGGAGCACUUGCGCCGGAGCGGAGAGGAAGCGGAAGAGUUCGGGGGAGACGGCGGGGACGAUUGGGGGUACGAGGACGAGUAUGGGAACUGGGUGAGCUUUAAUACCGGGGAAGGAGAGGACAUGGCGGAUUUUGUAGCGGCGCAGUUACCGGACGAUGACGAUUUGUUCUUGGGGAUGACGGCGAGUAGCGGCGAUUUGCAGGAGUAUCAACAACAACAACCACCACCACAACAACAACGACAACAACUCGUUGCCGUUGGCGAUGGAUACGGGUACUACGAUCAACAAGGCCAAUGGGUCAACAUCGAAGAUCCGCAAAGUCAGGCGUUUUUAGAGCAGCAGUAUCAGUUACAACAACAACAGCAGCAGCAGCAGCAAUAUCAUCACUUUCAACAACAACAACAACAACAACAACAAAGACAAGUUCCCAGGGACGUAAAUGCCAUGUUCCGCCCCCUAGAAGUAGGAAACGCGUCGGACCAAUCGUACGAUCAGCAAAGAUCUUUUGAUGCGCAAAUUGAAUGCUCUAUAUGCUUGGAAAGAGUCGCGGAUGAAUCUCGCCCGUUUUCGGCGAGACGGUUUGGUUUGUUGGAUAAAUGCGACCACAGUUUUUGCUUAUCGUGUAUUCGCGGAUGGCGAGAUGGUGGCGUACAAGGUAAAGAAGCUGGUGCGAUCGCGACCGAACAGGCGAGAAUGUGUCCGAUUUGUCGCGUCAACUCUUUCUUUAUCACGCCAAGCGCUCACUUUCCACGCACGCCGGAGGAGAAAGAAGAGAUUUUGAAAAACUAUUUGAGCAAAAUGAAACAAAUUCCGUGCAAGCAUUACAACAACGGUCGCUGUCCGUUUGGGACGAGCUGCUUUUAUUCGCACGGAUCAGGAGAGGUCGAUACUGGGGUGAGGAAAACGACGACGGCGGGGGAAGAGCUACACAUUUUGACAACGCCGACUUUGGCGGAUUACCUCGACGUUUCGAAAAAGGUAGGAGGAGGAGGAAGUCGAUGA